GAUCACACAGUCACACGCACAGAUCCACACGAUUCCAAACUCCCAACUCUCGACUAGAACCGACUCCAAUGGCGGCGGCGGCGGCUGCUGCUCCGCCCUUCGCCGCCGGCGACUCGCCGCCCCCGACCGCCUUGCUCCUCCCCCGCACCACCACCACCACCGCCGGCGCCGCCCCCGCGCCCCGGCGUUCCUCCGCCUCCUCCCGCCUCCACCUCCUCCUCACCGCCGCGCUCGCCGUCGCGACCUCCUACCUCCUCCUCAUCCUCCCCCGCACGCCCCUCUCCGCCGCGCCGGCGCCUGCGGCCGCCGCGCGGGCGCAGGUGAAGCUCGAGAAGCCGGUGGUGAUCCUCAUCUCCUCCGACGGGUUCCGCUUCGGGUACCAGCACAAGGCCGCGACCCCGCACAUCCACCGCCUCAUCGGCAAUGGCACCUCCGCCGCCACGGGCCUCGUCCCCAUCUUCCCCACGCUCACGUUCCCCAAUCACUACUCCAUCGCCACCGGCCUCUACCCUUCCUCCCACGGCAUCAUCAACAACUACUUCCCCGACCCAAUCUCCGGCGACUACUUCACCAUGUCCUCGCAUGAACCCAAGUGGUGGCUCGGGGAGCCCCUGUGGGUCACCGCCGCCGACCAGGGUAUCCAGGCCGCCACCUACUUCUGGCCCGGCUCGGAGGUGAAGAAAGGCAGCUGGGAUUGUCCCGACAAGUAUUGCCGCCACUACAAUGGCUCGGUACCAUUCGAGGAGAGGGUCGAUGCGAUCCUUGGUUACUUUGAUCUCCCAUCUGAUGAAAUGCCGCAGUUCCUGACGCUUUAUUUUGAAGAUCCAGAUCACCAGGGGCAUCAGGUGGGUCCUGAUGACCCGGCCAUCACGGAGGCGGUGGUGCGGAUCGAUGAGAUGAUUGGGAGGCUCAUUGCUGGUCUGGAAGAAAGAGGAGUGUUUGAGGAUGUCAAUGUUAUAUUGGUUGGUGACCAUGGGAUGGUUGGGACUUGCGACAAGAAGCUGGUGUUUCUCGACGAAUUGGCUCCAUGGAUUAAGUUGGAGGAAGAUUGGGUUUUAUCAAUGACCCCGUUGCUGGCCAUCAGGCCGCCAGAUGACAUGUCGCUGCCAGAUGUUGUGGCCAAGAUGAAUGAAGGGCUUGGGUCUGGGAAGGUGGAGAAUGGUGAAUAUCUAAGAAUGUACUUAAAGGAGGAUUUGCCUUCUCGACUUCACUACGCAGAUAGUUAUAGAAUCCCACCGAUAAUUGGGUUGCCAGAGGAAGGGUAUAAAGUGGAGAUGAAGCGAUCGGACAAAAAUGAAUGUGGAGGAGCACAUGGUUAUGACAAUGCCUUCUUCUCAAUGAGAACCAUAUUUAUCGCGCAUGGUCCUCGUUUUGAAGGUGGUAGAGUCGUGCCAUCCUUUGAGAACGUGGAGAUAUACAACGUUAUUGCUUCCAUUCUCAAUUUGGAGCCAGCUCCAAACAAUGGUUCAUCUUCUUUUCCUGACACAAUUCUUUUGCCGAGUGAAUGAUCACAUAUACAUGUGACUGCUGUGGUUUUGGAUGAGAAAGGUCUUGCUGUUGGUAUCCUCCUUUAGUCGUAAUUGCACUUGUACACUUAUCAUAUUAGAUUCGUGUCACUAGUGGCUAUUCACUGCCUGAAUGCAAAUGCUGCUAGUAGAGAGUAUCUUUGUCCUUAUGGACAACAUUUGCUGUUGUUAUCAUGUCUUAUCCUUAGCGGUUUUCUUAUGCUUAAAUUUUCAUGCAAGUUCAAUUAAGCUCGCAUUCUCUGCUUAAAAUGAUGUCCAUCCUGUUGAUAAGAGAUUAACCAGUCCUAGUUCUAUAUUUAAUUUCAGCCAACCUUUUACCCACUGAUAA